AUGGUUAAGAUGACAUCGUGGCAUGACAUGAACAACGACGCCAGUUUGCUCUCGUCUGAGAAGCAGCAAUCGAGCAACAACGGCUCCAGAAGGGCCGAAGGCAGCAGCGGCAAAGAGCAACCAGCCGCUCUGACAGGAAAUGAUGGACCAACGAGCGCGAUGAAGCGGCUAGCAUGCAACCCUUGCCGAGGUCGCAAGGUCCGCUGCGACCGCGCACAUCCCGCCUGCGGCCGAGCAGAGAACCGACUCGCUUACAACGGGCAAUCUCCAGUGGUCGAAAAGGCUGAUCAGUUCAAUAAUAUAUCAUGGUCUGAACUGGCUGUCGAUUCGCAGCCCCAGCCCUCUUCGGCGCCGAUAUUGGCGUCCACAUCGUCCUCGUUACAUCCCGUCCAGGCCAUUUCUGAUACGGGACAGUCGGAGGAGCUUACGGAAGAACUUCUUCCCUACAUGCUUCAAGGCAUCCCGGAAGCAGCAAUGCUUGAUGAUUGGGCAAAUCUACAGGACAGCAGCGACGCCUCGGACUCCAUGUUCGGCAAAAUGGAUUUUGACUCCAUUGACUUUUUGUCAGGAAUGAUGCCCUCCUCGACGACCAACUCUCUCUACCUCUCCGCCGUCGUAUCUCCAAGUCCGGCUUCGCUUACAAAUACAAACACGGCUAGCAGCGACGCAGGGACCCGGAUCCAAACUCCAAGUGAUAUGGAUGUGCAAGCCGUUUUGACCCUACUGCAUGAUACCUACUUUGACGUCCACAAUCCUGUCUUCCCCAUGGUCCACCGCCGCCGGUUUGUGGAAGAGCUCGAUCAGGCCCCGGGAUUCGUGCCUGCGCAGGCCCUUUCCCUUGCCAUGGCUGGCCUGGGAUCCCUCGCGCGCGAACCACCGUUUGAAAAGCAGCAGUCUGGCGACGAUGCCAUGGUGGUGACGAUUCCUGCCGACAGCUUCUACACGCAGGCGCGCGGGCUGCUCGACAUGUGCGAGCGGGAGGAUAACGGUGCGGGCCUGCGGAGCAUUGACACGCUGCAGGCGUGCAAUUUAUUGGCAUUCUACGAACUGCAGCGGCCCAACCUGGCACGAACUUGGAUGACUCUGGGGCGCGCCAUUCGCCUGGCCAAGCUGAUGGGGUUGGAGCGGACCGAUGUGGAUUUCAACGCCUUCGAGGCUCUUGGCGAAGCCGACCCGCGUUCUGGCAUGUGCCGCUCGCUACGUGUGUGCUUGCCGCGGUCCAAUUGUCCAUUCAACGCUGAGGAGAAGCGUCGGACCUUUUGGCAGAUGUAUGUGCUGGACACGUUUGCGAGCAUGAGAACCAAGUUUGCGCCCGCUGUGGAUGAGACUGUGCUUCGUCUUCCUUGCGCCGGCGAGUUGGACAUGAUCGAUGAGGUUCCUGUCAUGCCGACCGUCCAAGAGGUCCUCGAAUCCCCCGAGAGCCAUCAACUGCCACCUUACGCUGGUGUAGUAGUGAUGGCCACUCUCUAUCGACGAGUCUUUGAGCACAUCCAGAAGUCUCUCGAAGACUCUUCAUACUCAUUCUGGGACAAUCACUACCGCAUCGACAGGCUAGUAGGACAGUGCCGCAUAGGUUGUCUCGCCGCCCACAUCCCAACAUCCAACAGUGCGCACUACGAGGCGCUUUCCCUCAUCAUCGCCAUCAAUCUCUCAGGCGCGGAAAUUGUGCUCCACCACGUAGCGAUCGCCAAGGCGGCAAAGGAGAAACUGCCGAUCGCCAUCACGGGCGAGGCGAUUUCGCGGUGUAUGGCGGCCUCAACGGACCUACUGACUAAUAUACACGUUGCGGAGAUCGGCAGCCAUGCCCAGACGUUCCGGCAGGCUGGACCGCUGUCGGCGUGGGCUAUUAAUUCAGCCCUUCAAAUGCAUCUGUGGCUUGUGCAGCACGGUCCGGCCACGCCGGACCUAGCAACGCAGGUGCGCGCGCUUCGUUUGGUUUCAGACGUAAUGCGCGAGUUUGUAGGACCCCAGCACCGCAACCCAGACCUGCUGGCCGAGGUGGAGGCGGUAUUGGUUGAUAGGGAAAGGUCGAAGAUACAGGCGCAGGCGCGUGCAGUGGGAUAG